AGCUGGAGAAGUGGCCGGGGCGCUAGCUGACACUGACAGGGAGCCUGCACCGCUGCGCUAGCAUUUAGCACCAGCUUCAUUCAUAAAACCACACCACUGCCAACAUGCAGGAAUGGGCGAAUCAGCUCUGCGAGAAUCGACAAUUUGGAUCCAAGAUGACGGACUCCAAGUACUUCACCACCACCAAGAAAGGAGAGAUCUUUGAGCUCAAGGCAGAGCUGAACAGUGAUAAGAAAGAGAAGAAGAAAGAGGCUGUAAAGAAGGUCAUAGCGUCCAUGACAGUUGGCAAGGAUGUAAGCGCUCUGUUCCCAGAUGUUGUGAACUGCAUGCAGACGGACAACCUUGAACUGAAAAAGCUGGUCUAUCUCUACCUGAUGAACUAUGCCAAGAGUCAGCCGGACAUGGCUAUCAUGGCUGUAAACACGUUUGUGAAGGACUGUGAAGACCCCAACCCUCUCAUCCGAGCCCUCGCUGUUCGCACAAUGGGCUGCAUCCGUGUGGACAAGAUCACGGAGUACCUCUGUGAGCCGCUGCGAAAAUGUCUGAAGGACGAAGACCCAUACGUGAGGAAGACAGCCGCGGUGUGUGUGGCAAAGCUCCAUGAUAUCAACGCCCAGUUGGUGGAGGACCAAGGUUUCCUGGACACCCUCAAAGACCUCAUCUCUGACUCCAACCCCAUGGUUGUAGCAAAUGCAGUGGCGGCACUGUCGGAGAUAGCAGAGUCUCAUCCCAACAGUAAUCUACUGGACCUGAACCCCCAGACCAUCAACAAGUUGCUGACAGCUUUAAAUGAGUGCACAGAGUGGGGACAGAUAUUCAUCCUUGACUGCCUGGCCAAUUACACACCUCGUGAUGACCGUGAGUCCCAAAGCAUCUGUGAACGUGUGACCCCACGGCUCUCGCAUGCCAACUCGGCAGUGGUGUUGUCAGCAGUAAAGGUUUUAAUGAAGUUCAUGGAGAUGCUACCGAAGGACUUGGACUACUAUGGCACCCUGCUUAAGAAACUGGCUCCACCUCUGGUCACUUUGCUUUCUGCGGAGCCCGAGUUGCAGUAUGUGGCACUAAGAAACAUCAAUCUCAUCGUGCAGAGACGCCCAGAGAUCCUGAAGCACGAGAUGAAGGUUUUCUUUGUAAAGUACAAUGACCCAAUCUAUGUGAAACUGGAGAAGCUGGACAUCAUGAUUCGUCUAGCAUCUCAAGCCAACAUCGCUCAGGUGCUGGCUGAGCUGAAGGAGUACGCCACCGAGGUGGAUGUGGACUUUGUCCGUAAAGCGGUCCGAGCCAUUGGCCGCUGUGCCAUCAAAGUAGAGCAAUCAGCGGAGCGUUGUGUCAGCACCCUGUUAGACCUCAUCCAGACUAAGGUUAACUAUGUGGUGCAGGAGGCAAUCGUGGUCAUCAAGGACAUCUUCCGCAAGUACCCCAACAAGUAUGAGAGUGUGAUUGCCACUCUGUGUGAAAACCUGGACUCCCUGGAUGAGCCGGAGGCUCGUGCUGCCAUGAUCUGGAUCGUGGGAGAGUACGCUGAGCGCAUUGACAAUGCUGAUGAGCUGCUUGAGAGCUUUUUGGAGGGAUUCCACGAUGAAAGCACUCAGGUGCAGUUGCAGCUUCUGACGGCAAUCGUCAAGUUGUUCUUGAAAAAGCCCACUGAGACCCAGGAGCUGGUGCAGCAGGUUCUAAGUCUGGCCACACAGGAUUCUGAUAACCCAGACCUCAGGGACCGCGGCUACAUCUACUGGCGUCUGCUCUCCACAGACCCUGUGGCCGCUAAGGAGGUGGUACUGGCUGAGAAGCCCCUGAUCUCAGAGGAGACGGAUCUGAUCGAGCCCACAUUGCUGGAGGAGCUCAUCUGCCACAUCGGUACUCUGGCCUCUGUAUACCACAAGCCACCGAGUGCCUUUGUGGAGGGCAGCCGUGGCGUUCAGCACAAGAGGAUCACUGGCAAUGUUGGAUCUGGGGAGAGUGAGAGCCCAGACACAGGUUCUGCUGCCGGAGCUUCUGAGGCACCUCCUGCUGUCAUCCAAUCCCAGGGAGACCUCCUUGGAGAUCUGCUUAAUCUGGACCUGACGCCUCCUACCGCCACAGGUCCACCACCCCCCACCUCUGGCAUGCAAAUGGGUGCUAUGGACCUACUUGGAGGAGGAUUGGACAGCUUGAUGGGCGAUGAGUCUGAGCCGCCGCCCAUUCCUCAGCGGACGGACACUCCUCAGUCACCUCAGCUCCCGAAUCAGUCCCCAUCGCCCCCAGAUUACAGCCCCACUGAGCUUGGCGGAGACCUUGGAGGAAGUUCUGCUAUGGGGGCUGGUUUCGGCGCUCCAACUCCAGCUGCAAUGCCUGCCUCUUUCAAUGCCCCUGUUAGCGGGGGUCUGGAUGACCUGUUUGAUCUCGGUGGAGGAGUUGGUAUUCCUACGGGGGUGAACAGCGCACCUAAAGCAGUUUGGCUUCCUGCCAUGAAGGCCAAAGGUCUGGAGAUAACAGGCACUUUUGCCCGCCGUGCAGGGGUCAUCCAAAUGGAGAUGACCCUCAAUAAUAAAGCAAUGAGUAUCAUGACUGAUUUUGCCAUCCAGUUCAACAGAAACAGCUUUGGUCUUGCUCCAGCUGGUCCACUCCAGAUUCUCACUCCUCUCGGCCCAAACCAGAGCAUUGAAGUUGCCCUUCCCCUCAGUACUGUGGGCCCUGUUAUGAAGAUGGAUCCUCUGAAUAACCUGCAGGUGGCUGUUAAGAACAACAUUGACGUAUUCUACUUCAGCUGCCAGUACCCCAUCAACAUGCUGUUUGUAGAGGACGGGAAGAUGGAGCGACAGGUGUUCCUCGCCACAUGGAAAGACAUUCCUAAUGACAAUGAGUCCCAGUUUCAGAUCAAAGACUGCCAUCUCAACUCAGACGCAGCCUCUAACAAACUGCAGGGCAGCAACAUCUUCACCAUAGCCAAGCGUACAGUGGAGGGUCAGGACAUGCUGUAUCAGUCCAUGAAACUCAGCAAUGGCAUCUGGGUGCUGGCCGAGCUGAGGGUGCAGGCAGGAAACCCAAACUACACGGUCUCUCUGAAGUGCAGAGCUCCAGAAGUUUCCCAGUGUGUGUUCCAGACCUACGAGGCCGCGCUGAAGAACUGAAGAACCCCAGUACGUUUGACCCGGCCGCCGCCCUCAGCAGACUCCCUGUCAGCUCCUCCUCCUGCUCGCCCUCACCUGACCCACGGACCAUAUUACCAUUGCCGCAGUGCAGGAGCCAGGAGGCUGCACUCUUUGCUUCAUUCAGCUGGUCAAUGACCUACUGUCUCAUUUUGAGCCAUGUUGUUUUUUUUCUAAAGAGAUGUCUGGUUCACUUUGUUCACACCAUAAAUUACACAACAUUAAGUUGUGAAGAAUUGUGUGAAUGAACAUAUUUGAGACUCUUCCCCCCCCAACCUUAAUUCAAUCCGAGACGGCUGUGACACUUGUAUUCCCGUGACUGUUUUCUCUGCAUGAGGCUCUUCAAUCUUGAUCUAGCCCCUCUUCUCUGCAACCCGCAGUCUAUUUUUAGCAUCUGCAAUCAGCAGGUGAAUCGACACUGUGGGCGUAUUUAUUUUGGGGUACUUUCUAUUUAAACACAGCAUAACAAAAAGCUUUAACUCUCCCCAUCCCUCUGCGUGUGUGAAGUGGAAGGUGGCUGUCAGGGUCAAAUAUUUACAAACUACACUAUCCUCGUCUUUGUCAUUUUACAGUUUUCUUUAGUAUCCGUGUUUGGAUCAGAGUCCUUCUUUCUGCUGUCCCCUGAAAGCAGUCCGACUGAUGUGCUGUGUGCAUGGAAGCUGUCGAUGUGUGGCCAUUUUUUUUAAUUUUUACAUCAAUAUCUGCACAGUUUAUAGACAAGCAGCAGUUGUCCACUCACUGCUCUCUUACUUAAUCAUUCCAUGGUUUGAUUUGUGUCCGUAUUCUUGUUGUGUUUAUAGUCUUGUUAGUGCGGCAAACUGGGAGAGAGCCUUGGGCGUAAAGGAUUUUGUAUUUGCGGCUUUCGCCUGCAUCAGUGGCAGCCACUCGGGCUCUCUCUGCCGCUUUGCUAUCGCUUCAUCGUCAUCGCAGCUUCUCAAGCACCACGGCCGCCUGAGAUGAAGGCUCAGGUUAGAACUAAUGACGUCCUGGUUUGUAACACUUGUGAGUGCACAUGUAGGUAGCGCACACUGGCUUAGCUGAAACCAGGCUAGAACAACAUCCAGUAACGCUGUUGUACCCACAGACUCUAAAGAUUAAUUAUAUUCCUUGUCGAGUCAUUUCACCCAAGCCCUUUUUAUCGACUGCGGGAUGUAUGCACCUACGGUAACACCUCACACAGAUUACAACAUAGGGGCUGUGUGUUCUGAGUGUGUGUCUUUGUGUGUGGUGACGGCUGAUUCAUAUGAAAUGCUGUUUUAAAAAAAAGAAAGUGUUUAAUCAGAUGUUGUUUUUUUUGAUUGAUAUGAUUUUGUUCAUUCUGUGUGCAUCAUUUGAAAAAACAACUAUUAAAAGACUUGAUAAAUUCA